CCCUUUCAAUCCUACCUUUAGAUUAGACUCUUUCACACAGAAGCACUUAAUACCCGAAUUAAACUCCUACUUCCACGUGCAGAACUGUCACGGACUAUUCCAAGAUCGUAAUUGGACAAGUGCUGUGUUUGUAAAAAAAAUAGGUUGUUGGAAGGAGGAGGGGGCGUGAGAAAAUUACAUUGUCUGUUUAUUCGGGUGUGUUGAUGCACGUGCUUAUUGUUCAGACUGCAGGACGAUAAAAAGAAAAGACGCCUUCCAGUUUGUCCGUCAAAGAAGAGGAGUGGCACAUCGAGUAGCUUACUGGUUGUAUCAAGAAUUUAAAGAAACAUAUUCAACGUUGGUCUUAUCGCUAAGAACUUCGUGUUAUAUUCUAAACGUUGUAUCUGUUAACUAGGAAAUAUCAUUUUUCACUCUAACUAAAACUAACAGUACUUCCCCUAUAGUAUUUUUUUAAAGAAAAUAAUAUAUUCUUUUUUUAAAAAGUUCUAAUACACGAUAUAUGUCUAUAGUGAGCGAACUGGCUACUUGAACACAGAUAAAUCCAUUCGUACCCCAAUAUCUUCUUGAAACAAUUUAAAAUAUGCUUCUCUUAAACCCCAAAGUUUGGUGUAAAAGGUAUUACAAGCUUCUUCUGAUGGUUGAAAUGGUCAGCCGGUGCAUGGGUAAACCCAUACAGAAUAAGUUUUUCACACAAGAUUUACAACAUGUAACCAGGCGCACACCUUUUCCUGUUAGUGUUGUCGAUGCAUCAGAGGUGGACAACGUCCAAAGGGAAACGCUGGCCAAUAACCGUACGUUGGUGACCAAUACAAGCCUUUCAGACUUGAUGAAUAUAACCUACAUAAGACAGAUGAGAAAACGUGAAAGGGUGAGGCAGGACUGGAUCGAACGACUUAAAAGUCUUAUACUUCUUGGUGUUGGAAUAUCCCAAGAACGGACUGUCACAACAACGUUUCCAAAGAAACUUCGUCAUCACUUCGGUAAACUUCUGAAUAAAAUGGAUAAAAUCAAUUCCAAAGAGGAUUCAUCGUGGUUUGAGAAGUUGCAAAGCUUUUACCCUUCAUGUUCAUUACCAGAAGGGACUGAUAAAAGUUUGUGGGAUGACUCACGGAGUUUUAACAUUUACUACAAUGCCAACUUCCUGACAACCACACCACAAGCAAAGAUAAAGCUGGCCAAGCUACGCCUUUUCAAGGACAGAGACUUAAAGCUGGAUGACUUGAAUAGUAAACCUGAUUUACUCCACUGGAAAUUUCACCAUUUUAAGAUUCCAAGACUGCCUGAGAGGAACACGGGACUGACAGUGUCCUUAUAUCAGUACAAAAGACCUCUCAACAACGCGUCCAGUGAAGGUAAGAGCAGCAUAGUGCAUUAA